CGAACAUAUGAGCUGCAAAAAUAACGCAAAGAUUUUACUAUUUAUAUAAAAAAUGCAGAUUCAGUUAGGUAACACAUUUGCUUCUAACGCAAAUGUUAUGAACUGAUGUGUAAUGAAAAUCUUUUCUUUUCUUGAAUAACCAAUGAACUGCUACAUUCAAAUUAAGCAAAAAACGGAAAUAAGGCUUUUGACUGCUGGAGCAGCUUAAACAAUUUAAAAACCUUUAGAAACGAGAUACUACAACGGCUCGGGAGAAUAAAGGACAGUGAUGAAAUCUGAUAUAUGUGCGUGUGUAUUGUUUCAUUUGUUUGUUUGUGGUGGGUCUUGGUCUGUACACGGAAGACAACAGAGUUUAUACAGUAGUCGUUCUCAAACAAACUGGAAUAGUUUCGCAAAUGGAUUAGAUAAUGAAGCUCGACAUUUCAUGCAGAUGACAGACACUCAACAUUCCAAGCAGACGGCAGAGAAAUUGUGGCGGAUACAGCAUGAAAAGUCGUUCUGGUUCAACCAAGGUUUCAAAGAUAUCGAGAAAGAAAUAAACAAAAAGAAGAAUAUUGAUAUAGCCAAGAAUAUAAUUAUUUUCAUUGGAGAUGGAAUGGGCGUAUCCACUGUGACAGCUGCCAGAAUACUAGGUGGGCAGAAUAACGGUAGGCCUGGAGAGGAAAAUAUUCUAAGUUUUGAACAGCUUGACAACGUAGCUUUAUCCAAGACAUACAACCUAGGCCGCAUGACCCCAGACUCUGCAGGAACUGCAACGGCUAUACUAUGUGGUGCGAAAACAAAUGCUGGGAUUCUAGGACUUGAUGGACGAGCAGUAUAUUCAGACUGUGCAGCAUCAGGGAACGCUGAAAAGUUAGACUCAUUGCUAAACUGGGCCCAGGCUGCAGGAAAACGAACUGGGAUUGUUACCACAUCAAGGGUGACUCAUGCCACACCAGCCGCCGCAUAUGCGAAAACGCCUAACCGUAACUGGGAGGGUGACACUGCAAUGACUCCGGCCGAUGCGCCAUGUAAAGACAUCGCUAGACAGCUCGUUGAGGACAAUCCAAAUAUAAACGUAAUUCUUGGUGGAGGGCGAAUGUACUUUCUUCCGAACACCACAAAAGACCCAGAGACAUACCAGAUUGAAUCAGGCCAGAGACAAGACGGCAGGAAUCUCAUAGAGGAGUGGAUAAACGACAAGAUAAAUCGCAUGAAGAAUUACAGAUAUGUAUGGAAUAGGGAUGACUUUUUGACGGUUGAUGAUAAUGUCGAGUUUCUGUUGGGCCUCUUUGAACCAAGUUAUAUGAAUUUUGAUUUGCUACGGAAAGAAUCAGGGCCCUCGGGUGAACCAUCUCUUGCAGAAAUGGUUGAAAUGGCUAUCAAAAUCUUAAUGGAAGGAGAAAAUGGAUUUUUUCUUCUCGUAGAAGGUGCACGUAUAGACCACGGUCACCACUACAAUCUUGCAAAACUGGCACUCCAUGAUGCCCUCGCCUUUGAUAAAGCGGUCAAUGUCUCAAGAAGGAAUAUAGAGUUCGAGGACACUUUGAUGCUUGUAACAGCUGAUCACUCACAUACAUUUAACAUUGCUGGUUAUCCAAGCAGAGGCGCAGAUAUACUUGGUUUAGUAGAUGGUGGCCCGCAACCACUGGAUGGAAAACCCAUGACAAUUUUACAAUACAGUAAUGGACCAAGUUACGCUGAACCAAGAAGAGAUCUGUCGGGAGUGGAUACAACUGCGUAUAAUUUUAUGUUUCCCUCUGGCAUUCCACUAGCUCUUGAGACACAUAGUGGCGAGGAUGUGGCUAUCUAUGCCAGCGGUCCAAUGUCGCACCUGGUAAAUGGCGUCAAAGAACAGAGUUAUAUUGCCCAUGUUAUGGCGUAUGCAAGUUGCAUUGGGCCGUAUUCAACUGGCCGUACUUUCCGACAAUGCAUGACAGCGCGAUGA